CUUUACGCUUGGACGUCGUAGCGGUCGGUCACUCGCCUUCUCGACUCCUCUCUCCGAAGCAGUCUUUUGCAGACGACCAAAUCCUUCUUGCAUUCAGGAGUGCCCUUGCAACUGGGUAGCCUGGAUUAGAAAUACCGAAGGAUUUACUUGCAGCUUUUCUGUUUUUGGUUACAACAACCAACGCUGGAAUAAGCUUUGCUGCUCGUCUGCUUAGUCUCGAGUUUGGAAAGGAGAACAUCGAUUACAGCCGAGAAGUGUGAUUUGUCUUGUUUUGAAACUUGGAUUAAAUUGUUCAAGUUACUACAAACGACUCAUCGAGUAUUUGGUCAAAAGUUCCUUCUUGAUCAUAAUAUACUCAGUUGACCUCCGCAGACAGUCCGAAAGUCAUCCUGUUUUAUAUAUUAAGGAAAGUUGCCAUUGUGCUUCCUAUCUGCGAUAAAUACUGUCAUAUCACAUCCGCAAGCGGAACACGAAACAGAGAAGACUCAACUGUUCUACAUUCAUUCCUAAACGCGAAGGAAAUCUAUUUCAAUACGUUCUCUUUUGAGGCCUGUAUUGAAUCCAACGACCAUCGUUUACUAUUCAGUGCUGCUCUUAGUGUGCAUUUUGUCCUUCAAAAAGCUCAUCGAAGACCAGUUUGAAGUGAUCUUGCAGACUUGACCCGAAGUCUCAUCUCGGCAAGUUGCUCACCUUCGUAAAGCAAGACUUACGGAUUUCCCUUCGGCAGCAGCGACAUCUUGGAGCUGCUUCAGCCUUCCUUCCUUUACCUUGAUUGAGAUAAGCCACGUUUUUGUGAUAGUCUCAUCGUAAUACUAUUUCCUACGCCUUUCAUGUGACUUCUUGUGUAACCUUAUAGAAAUAUUCCUGUGCAUUGCGUUCAUAUUGAACUGUAACUGAUUCAAUUGUCAUCUAUCUCGUGUGAGGAAGUGGUGCGACAUAAAGUGCCUGUAAGCUUCAGUCGGUGACAACGAUAGCUGGUGUUCGGUCGGCUCGAUAGUGCCUUUCUUUGUGAUUGAGAGAUUUACGAAAAAUUCAGCAUCUAGAAAUGCCUGGAUAUUAUCCACCAGUUCCCAUGGCCCAAAUGUAUCCUCCGGUUAGGUCAUACAGCAUGGCCAAGCUAAACCAGGGUCCUGCUAGGGACUACAGUCAGUUCGAGAAAGUGAGAGUUGAGAAACAGCACGUGAGCGGUGACAGACGUAAACAUCGUCUCUUUGAGGGCCUACGUCGGCAACAGUCCUAUGAGGGCGAAGCGGGCUUCUCGCGUUUCCUCAAUCAGCCUAAUCGUAAUGAACGUUUCAACAGCCUACAGCUUCUCGGAGCUAAUGAUGAUGGUCGUUAUCUCGAUCACUUUAUGGAAACCCAACGAGGUCGAACUAUGACUCGCGAACCCGUCGAACAACCCAAAGGUAAAGAUAGAGCAAAGACCAACAAGCUCUUAAACUCGGCCACAAACUCUCUCAAUAGCAAGAACAAGGAAAACAAAAUCAGCGUGACCGCAAACGGCGAAAUUCUUGCUUUGAUCGGAACUCUGACUGGAGCGGCGUCAGUAGACAACAUUUAUGAAUCUGUUGAGCAAAUCCACUACCGCAAAACCCUUGAAACGCUGGACCGAGAAGAAAAAGUGCGGUCUAUUCAUCGUACAGGCCACCCCCUUUUCGACAGUCUGAGAGAAGAACGUGCGUUGGCUGGAGGAAACGACAACGACACCUACGCAACUCUCAACAGCUCUCAUAAACGCGUGUCUCGUAGUGCUGCCCCUGGCCGCAAGACUAGCUGCACUAGCAGCCCUGUUUAUAGCUCUACAAGUUCCAGUGACGAACUGGAUCUUACCCUUCAACGCAACCGAAGGAUUUCAGUGCCUAUCACUCAGAAGCCCAAAAUUGCGGCACUUCAGCAGCAACAAGCGCAACAGCACCGUGCGCAGCAACAUCCGCAACGUCCACGUGCUCCACAGCCGCAACAAACUCAAAUGCCUCGUUACAGAAAACAGCAGGUGAAUGCUCUUUCCCCUAACUCCUCUCCGGUACGUUGGGGAUCUGCUGGAUCUGAGUCCGACGAAGAAUGGAUCAUUCCUCGGCCCAAAUUUUACAACCGGAAGCGCGAGGUCCGAGGUUCGUCGACGGACGAGUCUGACUCUUCGACCAAGUCCAGCCCCAUUCGAUGACCUUCGCAUCGGCCACAUGCAAGAACUUAGUUAUGAUUGGUGAAAAAUCUGUUCUAAUGUGCAUUUAAUUAUAUUAAUAUGUUUACUUUUAUUGAGUUAGUCUGCCCAAGAUGUGAUAAUUAUAAAGGUUUACUACUUGAUGGGGCCAUUGAGACGUAGCACAUCGAAAGGGUAUUGAGUUAAUUUUUUCGUCUUGUUUUAUGGGGAUGUUCAAAGUUUCAGGUUAUAAAAGAUACUGAUGUUUUUCCGGUAUCUUGCAUUGCACGCAAAGACACUACUAAUGAUUAUUAUUUUCAAAUUACUACAAUAUAAAACGAAACCCAUCCUAAUUAGACUACGAUGUCUUUCAAUUAGACUACUCUGCACCUAAAUUCCUGUACAAUUCAAUAUCAUGGUAUACCGGUCCAACCGUACCGUUUCUCAUCAGUAGCAUUGUACCUAAAGUCCCGUUUUAUUCGAUAUUGUGUACUAUGUUCCUACUUUAGCAUUUAUCAUCAGUAGCACUAUACCGAACUUCCCGUUUCGUUCAAUAUCACAGGUUUCAAAACCAGUAGCAUUGUACCUAAUGUCCCGUUUUAUUCAAUGUUAUAUACUUUGUUCCUACUUUAGCAUUUAUCAUCAGUAGCACUAUACCGAACUUCUCGUUUCAUUCAAUAUGUAAGAUCACCGAUGAAGGGUAAGGUGAAUUUAGCUUGACUUCAGCUGGCCUAUUCUUUCAAAAAAAGUUAAGAGAUCGUAAGUUCAUCAGCCAAUCAUUGAC